AUGACAAUUGCGUUCAAGGGUUGCAGUGCAAUCAAACAGUACAAUGCGAAGAAGCCGGAUAAAUGGGGAUACAAGGCAUUUGUGUUGUCAGAGUCUGAAACCGGGUAUACCUUGAAAUGGGAUCUCUACACUGGCAAAACUGAUGACCCACCUCAGAACAAUGGUGAUGGGAUUGGGGCAGCUCACCGUGUUGUCAGAAAAUUGAUGAACGAAUACAAUCAUGUUGGUCGUAUUGUGUAUAUUGACAGCUACUACUCUUGUAUUCCUUUGGCAAAAGACCUUGCUGAUCAACAAACUGGUAUGUGUGGUACAAUCAAUGCAAAUCGUGUGGGAAUACCAGUUGAACUAAAACCUGCAAAUCUACCCCUGCGCAAAGGCGACGAUCCUGUGUACAUGAGGAAUAAUAAGUUGCUGGUCGUUACCUGGCAUGAUACUAAAAGGGUAUCUGUGAUAUCAACUGUCCAUCCCAAUCGAAAUGUCGAAAAGAGAAUCCGAUCAAAACACAGUCCAGAUGGAUUUAGGGUGGUCAAAAAGCCAUACUGUGUUGUCCAGUAUAAUUCUUACAUGGGUGGUGUGGAUCUUGCGGGUCAGCGCAUGAAAACAUACAACUUCCCGCACAGGUCAAGGAAAUGGUACAUGCGCAUCAUCAAUGCACUCAUUUCUAUUUGCCUUGUAAAUGCUCAAGUUAUUCACAGAUCUGUGGUGAAUGCAGAAAGACAACUUGACCUGAAGUCUUUCAUUAUGGAAGUCUGUACCUCACUCCUUGAAGGCUAUGGCAAACGUGACUCUGUACGCCCAGGACGCCCUAUUACAGGUGAUAAGCCUCAGAGAUUGGUAGAAAGACACUGGCUGGAACCAACGGGAAAGGCAAGACCCCAGUGUGUGGUUUGCUGUGACACAUCCAUUCCAGGGGGGAAGAAACAAACCCACUUUCGUUGCCGUCAGUGUGGGGUUGCGCUUUGUGCCUACCCAUACAACGAGCGCUACCACACCCAGCUAAACUACAAACUGUGCCACUUGUUUUUCUAG